UUUCAGUUAUAUUAAUAUUUUUAGAAGUAUAUCUAUUAAGAAGGUUUAUUUAUAGUUUGAAAUUAAUGUAAUUAGGCUAAAUAUAUAUUUUUUAAAUUUUUGUAGACAUUUUUUUUAGCUAAGUUAUUGUGUACAUCGUGUGUACUCGUAUGUCGUCUGCAAGUUGUUAAGUGUCACGUGACAUGACCAUGCGGAAAAAACAAACAUGACUGUGCAGUAUUUUUUCGCGAGUAAGAAUGCAGAAGUUCAAUUUAAAGUGAAAAUAUGUUCAAUAAUAUUUCAAUUAUUUUGUCGGUUUGUAUGACGAAGAUGCUACAACUAUAACACUAUUCAACCAGGUGUGACGGCAUGGAGCCGGGGGAAGGCUGCCCGGGGGCGGGCGAGGCGGACCGGUGCGGCAAGGAGCGGGGCAACUGCCCCACCAUCUCGCAGUCCCCCUCCGACCCCCAGAUCACGGACAAGGCCGGCGACCUCGGAGACAUGACCUUCUGCAUGUCCGACUACCCCAAGGAGACGCUCAAGAUGAUGGGGAUGAUGCGGUCCCACAAGAUGCUGACGGACGUGGUCCUGGAGGUGGAGACGGAGCUGUUCCACGCCCACAAGGUCGUGCUGGCCGCCGCGAGCCCCUACUUCAAGGCCAUGUUCACCGGCGGGCUGCGCGAGUGCGAGAUGCAGCGCAUCAAGCUGCAGGGGGUGUGCCCCAGCACCAUGAGCCGCCUCAUCUGCUUCAUGUACACGGGCCAGGUGCGGGUGACGGAGGUGACCGUGUGCCAGCUGCUGCCGGCCGCCACCAUGUUCCAGGUGAAGAACGUCAUCGAUGCGUGUUGCGUCUUCCUCGAGCGGCAACUGCACCCAACCAACGCCAUCGGCAUUGCCAACUUUGCAGAGCAGCACGGUUGUAACGAUUUGUGUCACAAAGCCAAUCAGUUCAUCGUGCAGCAUUUCACACAGCUGUGCCAGGAGGACGAGUUCCUGCAGCUGACGCCCAUGCAGCUGGUGGCGCUGAUCAGGCGCGACGAGCUGAACGUGCAGGACGAGCGCCAGGUGUACAACGCCGUGCUCAAGUGGGUGAAGCACGACGAGGAGCGCCGCUACCCGCGCAUGGAGAACAUCCUGCAGGCCGUGCGCUGCCAGUACCUCACGCCCGACUUCCUGCGCGACCAGAUGAAGAACUGCGACCUGCUCAAGAGGCUGCCCGCCUGCCGCGAGUACCUCGCGCAGAUAUUCCGGGAGCUGUCGCUGCACAAGAAGCCGUGCAUCAAGGAGCGCACGCCCAACACUCCGCGCAUCAUCUACAUCGCGGGCGGCUACUUCCGCAAGUCCCUGGACAUGCUGGAGGGCUACAACGUGGACGACCAGACGUGGACGCCGCUCGCCAAGCUGACGGUGCCUCGCUCCGGCCUGGGGGGAGCAUUCCUCAAGGGCAUGUUCUACGCGGUGGGCGGCCGCAACAACAGCAACCCGCCGGCCAGUAGCUACGACUCGGACUGGGUGGACCGCUAUAACCCAGUCACGGACCAGUGGCGGCCGUGCAGCCCCAUGUCGGUGCCGCGCAACCGCGUGGGCGUGGCCGUGAUGGACGGGCUGCUGUACGCCGUGGGCGGCUGCGCGGGCACGGAGUGCCACAGCAGCGUCGAGAGGUACGACCCGGACGAGGACCGCUGGGCCAGCGUGAAGCCCAUGCAGACUCGGCGGCUGGGGGUGGGCGUGGCGGUCGUCAACCGCCUGCUCUACGCCAUCGGGGGCUUCGACGGCUCGAACCGCCUCAGCUCCGUGGAGUGCUACCACCCCGAGAACAACGAGUGGACGGCGGUGGCGUCGAUGCCCACCGCCUGCAGCGGGGCAGGGGUGGCGGCCCUGAGCCAGUACAUCUACGUGGUGGGCGGCUACGACGGCCACACGCAGCUGAGCUCCGUGCUGCGCUACGACACGGAGAGGAACGCGUGGGAGAGCGUGGCCGGCCUGGCGGUGGCUCGCAGCACGCUCAGCGUCACCGCGCUCGACGGCAAGCUCUACGCCAUGGGUGGCUUCGACGGGCAGACGUUCGUGAGCGUGGUGGAGGUCUACGACCCGGAGAAGAACGCGUGGGCGCAGGGCAAGCCGCUGACGAGCGGGCGCAGCGGCCACGUGUCCGCCGUGUGCUUCCACCAGUGCCUGAUCCACUGCGAGCACCACGACCACUCCAUGCCGGCGCUGGACCUGCUCCCCCGCCCCUCUCCUUCCCCCUCCUCCUCCUGACCGCCCCCUGCCCCCGUCCCCCCCCACCACAUUCCUCGCGGAGAACAUCCUGCCGUUUCCCGGAAGAAAGAGCUUGUGUGCGUGACUUCCAGCGCUAGACUGAAGGAGCAUUGUUCCAGCGUGACACGCGGGGGGGCGACCGCCCGGAGUACUUAACGGAGGGAGCACCGCAGGUGCUCCCGUGGUUUGGUGUGUCCGGAGACCACGCGUCGCUGCUGGCCAGUGGGAACCAGUUAGUUACCAGUAUUGUGAGUCGUCUCACACUCCUACAGUGUUCCUGGUAUUUAGGUGGUGGAGGUAUUAAAUAAUGAUCGUGAAAUCGCCAUUGACAAAUCUUAAACUUUUUUUAUUUUAGAUCUGCACAAAAUUUGACGAGACAUUUAACGAUCAGAAUUGAAUCAAUGUGUUCAAUUAUUGCAGGGCCACACCAAGAGAUAAGAGAGUAUUAAGUUCGUAAUUGAUUUCGACAACAAGCGAAUAAUUUCUAUCGAGGGAACAAUUAAUAUUUAUUGGAUUGUAGUGUAAGAUUCGUUUAUUUAGAAAGUUGGACAUCAAUGAAACCUUUUAAAUGUGUUUAGAUAAUAUCUCGUGGUUUUUAUGCUACCCAUUGUAGCCAACGACCAUUCCCAGUCAGGAAUUAGUGCAGUAUUAAUACUCUCGAUGAGUGUGUCUUUAUGCCACAAAUGUUUUGUUAAAAUAUAAAAAAUUUGCUGGCUCCCAGAAUAUUUAAAAAAAUUAAUAUACUGAGAAUUCAUUGACAAAUCAGUAUAGAUGAGUACUGAAAUGGACCAAUUUCUAAAUUAUACAUGGCUGUCAAUAUGCAGUCCUUGUUUAAUUUAUUUCCAUGUGUGCAUGUGUUUCUGAAAUGCUCUUUUUGUAGCAUUACUUAAUGAAUUUUUCUUUCAAACAGUGGCUGCUUUAAGGCAUGUAACCUGAUGAACUUGUGAGCCAUACAUAUGUUGAUGAAUUUUACUUUGAUUGAAUCGGUGCCUUGUGACAAUCAGAACAUAACUGCUCCUCCAUUUUAUGUUGCGUGUCUAUUGGUCAGGUAUUUUUUUUUUAAUUGUUUAGUAUUUUAAAAUGUGCGAUGGCUCGGGCUGGAGUUAGGGGGUAACAGGCGCCUGUUGUACUGAGAGACCCAGGCACUGUCGUCCUCGCUGCGUGUGGUCUCCCGUCAUGGUCGGAUGUAGUGAGUCGUCAGCCGCUGGCAAGUAGCUCCUGUUAGCUGGCGGAACUGCUCGGUGAAAACCUGAUGAAUACAGAAGUCUCUUGUCCUGGUACAGUUGUAUGAAAUAACAAAUGUUCCGAAAUCCCACUUGAGAGUUGUAUCUGUACCAGUGAGGUAGGAUGAUAAGCACGACACUCGCUGUUGUUCCUGGCACGGUAUCGCCUCUAAGCGCAAGGCUGUGGGCUUGCGUGCAGUCUUCUCGCCGUGCACACCGCAACUAUGAAAUUUGAACGGUAACCGUUACAUUAUAUGGCAGAGAAAUGAAGAUGAAAGUUGCAAUGCAAGGCCCUUGAGUGCUUUCAAGUAUCUUCACCGGGUGUUCUAUGUCCAAAAAUCAUUCUGAAAAACACUUUUUAGCCCUGUUCACAUUCCCUAAAAAUACAGUUUAAAAGUGAAAUACGGAAACAGAACUUCCCCUCAGUCCUAAGCGCAUUCUUAAAUGCUUUUGGUAAACAGACACCACUUGCGAUAUCAUGAGCAGUUAUUAAAUUGCAUGGUUUCUUCUCAAGCUCUGCGUGCUGUAUGUGUGUUCAGGUAGGAGGGCACCUUAAGAACAUUUCCUGCAUAAUAAGUUUAAAAACGUUUAGUUAGCACUGGACCUAUAAUUUUAUACAAUUUUACCCCUUUUAAUUAUGUAAAUAUUAAAUAGUACCUUGAAAAACCACAGUUGCAGCUAUGUAUGUAUGAGGAAACACGUUGCGACUAAAAAAAAAAGCAUUUUGACAAACAUAAAUAAUGGUUCUUGAUCUCAGAGGAAAUUGGGGGGGAAAAUGUAUUUACCUGGUUACUGUAACAAUGAAAGCGAGUGAAUUAUGAUCUCCUUUAAUCUAUUUCACACAUCCAGAAUUUAUAAAAAUUCGUGUUUAUCAUAAAAUUGACUGGACUUUCUGUAUUUUACAGUUAAAAAAAAUUUUGUGGAUCAGUAUUUAGAGUAGCUGGUACUGAGAAUUAAGGUGAAUAAAAACGGAAAUGAAAAUUUGGUGAGAUUAUGUUAGGUUAAGUUAGCUGCAUAAAAAUGCAUUUUUAUUUAAAAUUUAAUAUUUUAACAAAAAAUUUUUUGUUUAUUUAUUGUAGCUAACUACAUCUAAACAACCUUUCAUUUCUGUAUUUGUCUAAUUUGAUAGAAUGUGCUACACACACACACUAUAUUUCCCGUUUUUUUUCCCGUAUGUAUGUUUUACAUGAGGUGGAAAAAAUAAAUUUUAAGUGUCAUUCCAAUUCUCAUUCUUACUAUUUGAAUUUGAUGUUUGUAUUUGAGAAUGAUUUGGGAAUUCAUAUUUGUAUCUGAUUCAAAGUAAAAAAAAAAAAAACCUGAUAUUCACACAGGCCUGGUUACAAGCUGUAAUUAGAACAAAAUUGUACAGUGAAAAGCUGUAAGAUGCAAAACACAUGCUUAGGAAAAUUUAACAUUGUCACUUGUGAAGCAGGUAACGUGUGGUUUCGAGGAAACUCGUGUUAAAGUCGACAUGCACCCUUGUUCCCAGUCAGCCAUUUUUCGUGGGCAGGGAAAGACAAUUCGUGAACAAUGGAAUAAAAAAAGUGUGUGUUUUGUGCGCGGCGGCUUCGAGACUUGCAAAUAAACGUGUAGAAAAAUGUCGAGGUUGGCUUUGAUCAAAUAUCCAUCAGCACAUCAUGUACAGUGUUUGAGGGUAAAUUGUGUUCACGUCUCUGUACCAUAACACCAUUCUGGGCUGGCCAUGAUUAGGUACCAUAGACUUAUGUUUGUGGGUUUUCCUGGCCCACCUGUCCUAUCCUCUCAAACGUGUGCCUCUGAAUCGUGCAAUACAUAUUUCCAAAAAGAAGAUAAAGCAGAAAGUAUGUUGGUACUUUGCCCGGCGAUCCGUAUCGUUCUUCUGACCGUUCCGUGCCAGCGUCGCAGGGUGAGGUAGCGAGACGCCUUCACCAGUCUCGCUCAUGGCUUGUCCUGAAACCAGAGUGAACCAGGCCUGUGUGCGAAUACCAGCUUUUUUUAUACGAAUCAAACAUCCACUUGAAUGUUUAAAAUAUUUGUGAAAUCGAAUCAAAAUGUGAAUAUUGUUCUCGGCAAAGCUGUAUUAAACUUAUUUUUAUAUAAUGCAGGAUUAAAGUAAAACAUUUUUAAUGUUGGAACUGAUUAAGUUAUUAACUAAUAUGACUCUGUAUAUAACAUCAUUCAAUAAAAAUUGUAAAAUAAUUAUGCAUUAUAGAUAAUAUUAAUAUGUAUUGAGCAUUCAUGAAAGCAAAUGGAUUGCCUUCUUUUCAUUUUUUUUUUUUUUUAAGUGAACCAAUUUUAUAUAUGCAACACAAUAAUAUAUAUUUUUUUAUGAGCAAAUCUUAGGUUUCCAAUGUUUUAAAGUUUUGGCAAAAACAAAUACAAAGCUUCAUAUCAGAUGUGAAGCUUUGCAUCAGAACUGAAGCCUCAAAUAAAACGAAUGUCAAAUUUCUUGCCGAAGUCAAAUCAAAUAUUAGAGCUUUGAUUGAUUUGCUUAUUCAAAACUUUGGACAGUCUAGAGUGAACAUUGUUAUUUGUGUCUGUAGUUUUUUUAAGAUCUGCAAUAGAUCAAUUGGAAAUCCAAGACAUAAAGAUCCAAUAUGUUAGUAUCAAUUUUGUUAAAAAUGAAAAAUUGUAUUGACCCAAAACUUUUUUGAAAUCCAACUCUUUUGUCAGCUCUGGCUCACAAAAUUUUGGAACCGAUAAUUUUAAUCAACUCAUUUAUUUUUAUUUGUGGACAUGUAAUGUUACAGGAUAUUUGGUUUAGGAAAAUUGUGUAACGUGUGGAAAUAUUUAUGGGGGUUGUAUAUGUAGUCCAUUCAUGGUAUCUUCACAAUUUUUUAAUGGAAUUUUAAAAAAAAAAAUUAUAUGUUGCAUGAUUUUUAUUUGUCCUGGGUAAAUCAUCAAAUUUGAAGCAUUAGGAAAAUUAUACAUUUUGUGAUUAUUAUUUGACCUGGGAAAAUCAUAAAAUUUGAUCAUAUCACUAACCUUGAACUACUAUAUUGUUGGGUGAAUAAAUUGUUGACUUGUAAAGUGUUCAAAUUAUAAUAUUGUUAUGAUUAGUACAUAAUAUCUGUUACAAUUUUAUUGGAAGUAGUACACAUAAGUACUGUAUUGGUAAAUAGUACAUUCAUAAAACAUUAUUCAAUUUUAGCAUUUCAUUUUUGUUUCUUACUUAUGCAUUAACAUUUUAAGAUAAUACAUUUUGCAACAUAUUUAAUCUUGCUGUAUAUAAAUAAGUUAAUUCGUCCAAGUAGAUUGCUAGCAUAAUCACUGGUAUCUUGUUAUCUUUCAUAAAGCGUUUAAACUAGAGGUGGGUUGCAGAGUAUCAACCUGCUACUUUGUAACUGGUACAUGCCUGUAUCAGGUACUGCAAACGAUUACACUAUUCAAGUAUCAAGUACUUUAGUAUCAGUUUAGAAUUUGCCUGGAGCAACACCACGGCCAAUGUGCGCAGAACCCGAUCGCAGAUGACGGUUACUUUGGCGGAGCUUGUGAAAGGGGAGGGAGCGGCACGACGAAUAAGGGAUAAAGAAGGGAAAGAAUGUAGGGGAGGAAGUGCAGGGGAAGGCGUUGAAGUAGAGGCGCAGAGCGAAAUUGUUAAGAGUCGUUUUGUUUAUUGUCCCACAUCAAAGUACGCUCAGUGGUCAAAUCUUUUUUUGGCUGAGGUACGGUGUCGUAUUUACGAUGUCUGGAUCAUCGCUCCUACUUCUGGACAGUGAUAGUGAUGUUAAACUAUCUUUAUUCUGAUCAGGUAACUGUACAGUUGGAUGUUUACGUUUCAAAUGUUUCUUCAGAUUAGUCGAUGAUGAUUUAUAACUCGGUUUUUGUUUACACAAAUUACACUUAGCAAACUCAUUAUUUUCUGUGAAAAAAUUCCACACGAAUGAAGUCUUUUUCCUGCACUUAUCCAUUCCUUAUUUCACUAUAAAGAUACUAACUACAAAGCAUGACAGCCUGCAACAAUGUACGUGGUAAUACACGGCCAGGACGAACUGCAGUGAAUGUUGAACUGCUUGAUACUGGCUGUAUUAGGCGGGCAUGAGCGUAACAAAUGUAGAGAAUUACCGGGCGUGAUAAAUAAUGUAUCAGAUUCUCCUUACGGUCGCGCGGUCUGCGUACGCGGAGCUUUUUUUUACUGUUGGAGAGAAGUAAGAACAGGGAGGGGAGGUUGUAAGUGUGAGAAAUACUCUUUUAACGUUGGAAAGGUGGGAAUGAAAUUUGCCGAGAAGAGGUGGGGGGGUCUGCAGAUUACGAAAGGCGUGGAAAGAGAACACCGAUACCUUUUCACACUGGUGAUGACGGCACGGAGGAAUUGUAACCUGUAACGAGAAUGCUGAUUCCUUGUUGCUUCCUGGGACCGCUACUGCUCUAGCUGAUACAGAAGUAUCAGCUACUUGUAACUAGUACAUUACUAUAUCAGUAACAGGUUGGAACAGAUACCGAAAAUUGCUGUAACAACCCACCUCUAGUUUAAACUAAGUGAAAUAAAUAUACUAUGCAAAUCAGGGAAGAAUUAAAACAAUAACUAAAGUGUGUGAACCAUCAUUCUAACAUGUCAUUAUGUUUAUAAGCAUCCACUACGUAUGUUACACAGAGGACAUUUCAGGUCCCUGGAAUGUAGGGUGUAUGUUUUCCAGUUGCGACAUGCAAGUUAUAUGGCAGCGUUUACAUGCUGUAGAAGAAUACUUUAAGGGUGUCCGUAGGAAUUAAAGGCCCGGGGUGAAAUUUUGUUAAGUCCCCUCCCCAUUACACAGUUUACAAUUUUUUAAUCACUACAAUUAAUAUAUAUUAAGACUAAAUGUCACAGUGGCCAUUACUUGUAGAUUAUUAUAUUUAACUGAAACAUUAAAAAAAUGUUGAAACUCAACUAGGCCUCAGGGAUUCUGCUUCACACCCCCCCCCCCUUCCCCCCCCUUUUAUCUCUUUCUUUCUUGAUGGCCCUGAGAAUACCUUGUGGUUUGUCCGAGAGAUGAUUUUCAUCAGGGUUACAGAAAAGUGUGAAGAUACUGUAAAUAUGCAUUAGUAUGUUUUUUUUUUCUGGUUUAGGAAUCAAAAUUAUCAUUUACAAUUUUUUUUUUCUUUCAUUCCCAAACCAUCAAAAUAUUGUGUUGUAUGCCUGAAUUAUAUAUUCAAAAAGUCUAAUGUAUAUAUGUGUACAUGUGUAUAUACAAUCAUAUGUUAAGCUGAGUGAAUGGAUUUUUUUUUGUAUGUAAUACAGACAUUUGUAAGGUAUGGAUGAAAUCAAAUAUGUACAUAUUAUUAUGUAUAUAUAUUAUGACUCCUAUGUGGUUUGCAUUAUGUGUAUGUUUAUACAUACAAAUAAACUUUUUUUUUUAAA